ACAUAUGACGUCAUAAAUUUCUCAUUUCAUAUCAAAUCAAUCGAGUCGAAGAAAAACAUUUUCACAUUUUAUUUACCUGUUCCUUUUUCUGUGACUUUGUACGAAUUCCAGAUUUUACAUUUUAAAAUUAAAGUUCUUAGAAAAAUAUUUUAUCAAUUAUAGUUAAAUUAAUCGAUACGAAGCUAAGUAAUUGGCUAGUAAGUUACGUAUACAGAGGAAGGUGAAAAUACAUUAACAAUGGCGUCUAAUCAGGGUCCUGGACCCUCAGCACCUGAAGAUCUACCUCCUCCAUAUUCUGCAGUCGUGGGCAAUCCACAAUAUGGCUUUGUAACCCCAUCUGGCGAACCAUUUGCUGCUCCAGGAAACGUGUACCCUCAUCCACAACCCAAGCAAUUUACAGCAACUGGAGUAUAUCCACAUCCACCUAAUAUUAAUAACACCCAGCCUCAUUCAGGUAGCAUACCACCACCUCCUCCAGGUGUGCCAGUAAACAUAGUCGUUCCUCCAGCAGUUGGCACUGAACCUGCUACGAUAAAUUGUUUUAAUUGUGGUAAAGUGGUCACAACCAGAGUUACAUAUACUACGGCCUGGCAUACACAUUUAGUAGCUGGAUCCAUCUGUGUAAUUACCAUGAUGUGUUCUCUAUGCUGCUUGGGCCUCAUCCCUUAUUGCUUUGACACAUUUAAGGAUGCUGAGCACUAUUGCCCCAACUGUAACACAUUUAUCGGAAAAAGCAACAAAUGUUAAUCAUCAAAAUAUGGAGUUAAUAGUCUGUAACAAAGUGACAAAUAAGGCUUAAUCAGAUAUUAUGUAUAAAUGUAAUUUUUUUAUGCCAUCAUGUAUUUUAGUUCUCAAGUAACAUUAAGGUAAAAAUUCAGGACAUUAAUGUAUAAUAUAUGGCAGUAUUUACACACCAGCUUUUAAAAAGAUACACUUAGUCUUUUUCAGUUUAUAGAGUGUUAUCUCUGCACACAAAUAUAUGUAUACCUUAAAGAUAGUGGUUCUGUAUACCUAUAUGUCACAUACAUAGAAAUGAAUAACAGUGAUGACACUUUAUAAAUCUAAAGUAAGGCAAGUAUUUUUUUUAUAUGUCCAAUUUGUAAUAUUUACUGCCCAGGUAUAGUAAAACGUGUUCUUAAAUAAAUAUGUUCUAAGAAAAAUAUUUUUUGAGGUAUAUACAUUAAAAUGUUAAAGAAUUCUGUACUAACUUUUAUGUUAAUCUCCUUAUUUUCUAAUUUUCAUUUUUAUUUUCUUAAUUUCUCUUUCUAUUUCAAAUUUAAAUGCACAUAUUGGUAUAUGAAAAUUUAAAAAUGUACCUUACAUUUCAAUAGUGCCAUAGCUGCAAAAAUUGUAUAAAAAAUUUGUCUCCUAAUAGCAUUCCUUUCAUGAUAUUUUUGGGAACUCACUCAGCUGUCAUACAUGUUAGGAUCUUUUUUGUCUUAAGCUGUUCAGAGGUUAAAAUUUUUAACCAAUAAUAAAUAUUGUUUAUUCAUUAGCUAUAAUUAUUUUAUUAAAAAAUGAUUACAUUGAAUCUAGGAAUAUAACAAAAAAUAUAUUUUGACUUAUGUUGGGUGAUCAGUCACAUCUCUAUUUCAAUAGAACCAAAAAAGAACACAGUUUCACAGAUAUGAAUAGAAUAAAUUAAUUUUGACAACAUAUAAUGGUUUUAUAAAUUAACUUGUAUUUCAGUGGUUGUUGGUUUGAUCCUUCAUAAGUAUGGUUUAUGGUUUAAUUCUUCACAAUACACUUGUAUUUAUAAACAUCUGUUUGUAUUCAGCUAGACGUAUAUAUGUAUAUAUAUAAAAAAAAAAUAAGUAAGUCAAUUUAUUUUUUUAUUCUUUAAUGUAAUUAUUAUUAGAUAGUAGCAAUGUUGUUUAUAAUUUACACCCAGUACAGGAUAAACGGUAACUACAAGUUUUUUUUUAUAUUUUUACAUUGUAUCAUAAUUAUAUAUUUCUUAUAUUAGUUUAUAAUAUUUUAAUGAUUAGUUUAUAAAAUUAAAUAUUCUUUUUCUAAAAGUCCCUGAAUUAAUAAAAAUAUAAAUGAACUUGUCUACUUCUACAUACUAAUCAUUUAUAUCUAAUACAUUUUUAUCUCCAUUGUUCAAUAGGUAUGUUAUGCAAUCCAGUGUUUUAUCCACAUUUCAAAGUGUAAAUACUGGAAACAAAUAAGUGGCACAUUCCAAUUGGUUAAAAAGACAUCACAUAAUAUAUAAUGUAUUUAAACAUAAUCACAGUUUUCCUGAAUAUAAUACAAUAAGUUGUUAAAGUAGCUAUUAAAUAAUAUAAACAGCAGCAGUCUUCACAAUUUGAUAUUAAACUUGCCAUAAAUUUAAAUAUGUUAACUUUGUGAUUAAAAUGUGUUAGACUGAAAUACUAUGACAAAUAUAGAUGUAAAUAUGUAUUUGACUUAUGACUUGUCCAUCUUUAAUUAAUAAACGAAAUUAAAACAGAUAAUCUCAAACACUAUCUACUUUAUUAAUAUAUAAAAAUUUCAAGAGUUACAAAAUGUAGGUUAAAGUUUUUUGAAUUUAAAUUAAAUAGAUAGCAUUAGACAAGGCAUGAAUGAACUCGAUUAUUUAUAUUUUAUUUAAACAAUUUAUAAAAAUAUGUCAGUGUUGCAAGACCUGCACUGGACUUACUGGACUGUUAAAAUUACUUAAAAUUCGCUCUAUUUUUUGUGUUAUUUUUUUAGUCUGUGUAUCUAGGUUUUUUAUAGGUAUAUAAAUGGUAUACUGGUAGGAUAAUAAGAGUUCAGUAAUAUGUUUUUUUUUAUUUCAAAUGAGUGUUAAACCAGUAAACGUGAAAGUUACAUAGGUGUACAUUAUUUUCAUUGUCGACUUUUUUCUGAAAGAGUGUACAUAUGAUUUAUAUUUAUUUAAAUAAUAAAUGCUCAUAUAUUGGCAAAUAAUA